CUCUGACCUACAGUGCUGUCAAGGCGAGCGUCUGCCUCCCACGACCCACCACCUCCGCCAGUCUUCAGGAGCACCUCGUAGGCUACAGUCCGUCACCACCACCGUCCCCUCUCUCACCACCGGCAGCGUCGUCUCUGAGGACAAGAUGGUGACCCGCGGUGCUCUGCUGCUGUUGAUAGUCGCGCUCUGGGCAAGUGACGCGGUAUAUACAACAGAUACUUCACCACAUGACCUCAGGUCUGCCGUGGCCAUGUCACAGCUUGUCCUGGCCCAGCAGGCGCAGUUCUUCAAGGAACUCAUCAAUGUAACUAGAAGCAGAUCCAGCUGUUGUGAUAGCCUCGGAAGAUCAGAUCUGGAGGUGUUAGUGACGUGUCCCAAGCCGUUUACGGCAGUGGUGGGUGAGUGCUUCUACCUGUCCCCAAGUGUGUUGAGCUGGCACAGUGCAAGGCACUUCUGUCGCGGGAUGGGCGGUGAUCUCUCCGCCCCCAAGCACCUCUACGCACUCAAGGCUUUUAUCACGGAAGAACGAGGGCCGAAAGGGGUAUGGAUCGGAGGAAUGGAUCUGGGUCUGGAUGGUGGAUGGCGCUGGGUGAACGGGGAGGUGGUGGAUAGCGCUGACUGGGGCAACAGACAGCCUGACAAUGACAACAGGCCAGUGGAACAAUGUCUCACCCUCAGGAGUGACUGGCAUCCCGUCCUCAACGACAUGCCAUGCCAUCUAAAUCAACGAUUUGUCUGCCAAUACGCCAUCUAAGUCUGGUGACUGCUCGUGUGUUUAUCAUCACAAAUAACUGCAUUUAGUGCUCGGUAACACCCAGAAUUCCCUCUUCUUUGUAAAUAGUUUUCUUCAAACGCUAAAAUCUCAUCUUGGUGUCCACCACUAAGUGGGCUCUUAUGUUCACAUCGUAAGGAUUCGAAUACCACAAGUAACUGCAAUUCUAAUAUCCAGGUGAGGAAGUUGAAGGCCAACAGGUGAGACUUGAGCUGCCUCACCAGACGACCUGCAGCAGGAGGAGCGUCCACAGGUGGCCAAUUAACUGACGCCUGCUGUCAGUCACUACGGCUGGAUCUGUAGUUAGUUUCCUGAGCCUCUGAUGCACUCUUGUAUUUAAUGUCAAUUCAUUCUGUCUAUUUAUUGUUCCCGCGUGUUAGUGUGUUAUGAGUUUAUUGUUGUUAAUAGUGCGUUUGUACUUAAUAAUGGCCAUGAUAUUUAAACUAAUAGUGAAAAAUAAGUUUAGCGUUACAAUAGACUUUGUAAUAUCCAUAACAUAAUAUUCAAAGAAGUGUGUGUACUAUAUUGUCAUCAGCUUGACCACACCAGACAUGCCAUUAUGUGUUUGUAGUGAUCAAGUAUCCCAUACCUUAUUGCGCUAUAGCUUCACAUACUGAUACACGCAUAAAUUGUUCAAAUAAAUACCCGUGUCAACACAUGGCUACACAAUCA